AUGGCAAUCGCACGACCCGUCAGGGUCCUGCUGCUUGCCGCCGCCAUCCUCUGGUGUUUUUUUCUCUACCAGGUCUUUCGGCCGUCCUCAGGUCUGCGCGGGCCGGGCGAACGCUAUGUCAACUUUGAGCGGGAUCCCAAUCUAGAUCCUACGGGAGAACCAGAAGGGGUUCUCGUACGGACUUCUGGCAGAUAUGCACCCGACGCCGUAGACACUGAUCGCGUCAAUGCCACCUUGCUCGCCUUGGUGCGAAACUCCGAGGUCGAUGCAAUGGUUUCCUCGAUGGAAGACUUGGAGCGAACAUGGAACAGCAAGUUUAACUACCCGUGGACCUUUUUCAACGACGAGCCCUUCUCAGAAGAAUUCAAGAAGAAGACCCAGGCUGCUACCAAGGCCAAAUGCAACUACGAAAUCAUCCCCAAGGAGCACUGGGCCGUCCCGUCAUGGAUCGAUCAACAACUAUACGACGAAUCUACAAUGCUACUAGAAAAGGGGGGCGUCCAGUACGCAAAGAUGAUCUCCUAUCAUCAAAUGUGUCGAUGGAACAGUGGUCUCUUCUACAAACAUCCCGCUCUUCAAACCACCAGGUGGUAUUGGCGCGUUGAACCCAAAGUCCAUUUCUUUUGCGAUGUCGAUUAUGAUGUUUUUCGAUACAUGCAAGACAACAACAAGACCUAUGGCUUCACCAUUGCGCUGUACGAUGAGCCCAAAACACUGCCCACUUUGUGGCCCGAAACGGUCCGCUUCCUCGCUGAUCACCCUGAGCACCUCCAUACGAACAAUGCGUUGGACUGGCUUACGGACUCCGAGAGACGCCCGGCACAUAACAAGGGAGCCCAGGGUUAUUCUACAUGUCAUUUCUGGAGCAACUUCGAGGUUGCCGAUAUGGAAUUCUGGAGAAGCAAACCAUACGAGGACUACUUUCAUCACCUAGACCGAGCCGGUGGUUUCUUCUAUGAGCGAUGGGGCGAUGCUCCCGUCCACACUAUUGGUCUUGGUCUUUUUGAGGACAAGAGCAAAAUUCAUUGGUUCCGGGACAUUGGUUAUCAGCACAUUCCAUUCUUUAACUGCCCCAACUCACCCAAGUGCAGUGGUUGCGUGACUGGACGCCUGACCGAUGGAGAAGCUUUCUUACAUCACGAAGAUUGCAGGCCGAACUGGUUCAAAUAUGUUGGCCUUGGGUAA